UUAUUAUAUUAGUAUAAGCUAUAGCAGUUUAAUUACUAAAUUAAAGGUUAUAAUAGAAACUUUAUUUUAA